CGGGAAGCAAGAGCAAUCCAACUAGCUCAUAGACAAGCUCGACUAACAAUCUUUCCCGAAAAGCCAAUUGGCAAUUCCUCCCCAGUCACAUACACAUCCUCCUCAAGAUGCACGCCGUCCGAACAAGAGCGGCUUGCGUGGCCAGGCGGACACGACCGACCGCAGCACGAACGACGACGAUAUCGCGCUCCUACGCCUCCGAAAGCCAUGAUAACCACGGACAUGACGGACACCACCACCAUCACCACGCACCCGAAGUUGAGGAGAAACUAAGCACCGCGUUCUACGUCUUCGCAAGUGCCCUUCCAUUAAGCUACCUAGGUUACUCAAUCACCCGACCGGGCGCCAACGGCGAGCCAUCCAGCGUCACCAAGUGGCUGAAAAACUUCGAUUAUUUCAACGAUCAGGAAGUACGCAACGCCUUGCGCACCAACCUUUUUGAACAAGCCGCCCAUGACAGACAUCUACUUCAUUACGCGGGAAAGAACCCACACAUUGAACUCAAGACGCCUGAAUUAAUCAACUCAGGCGCACCCUGGAACGUCCCCGCAAGCCACUACCGCAACCUCGACCACGUCACAGAGCACUACAGGAAGCAAGCCGCCGACGACGAGGAGCGAAAGCUACAGAAGCUGUUGGAGAAGAGCAGACAACAAGAGCAACAACAGCAGGAACAAUCAUAAAAUACAAAAAAAAGCGAAGGAGCAGGGGCGAAAAGAGGAAAGGGGAAGGGUAAUGGAACAUAAUGGAAGUGGAAAGAUGCAUAUUGUACACCACAUGCAUAGAUAUAUCCCUCCAGUACAACGACACAUGUACAUACAUAACAUAGAACGUCAAAACCCAGAUGACUUUCCUACCUUCCUACCAAUUUAAAGAAUAACCAAAUUAUUCUCGACCCUUGAUAUUAAAUCAAACACAACGU